AUGUCUGAACUUGAUGUCUCCCUUGGUUACUUUCUUGCUGUUGUGGCGUUUGGUGCAGUCUUUAGAGUCCUUUUCAGAAAAUGGCCUUGUUUGAUCUUUGCAUCAGAGUUCACAACCUCAUUUGUGCUGGUGGCAUGCUGGCUGGAGGUGCAGACCAUUAUAGAGAUUGGUGAGUGGGCAGAGGGACUGGGAUCAGAUGUUACUCUGACCCUACGGUUUGUGGUGCUGCUGACCCAUGGUGUGAUCUGUGCUGGAGCCACUGGAAACCCCUCCCUGACUCUGAUGAAUUUCCUGCUGCUGGAGACCCCUACUCUGCACACUCUGCUGGCUUUGGCUGCUCAGUUCCUGGGGGCACACCUGGCCCUGAUUGUAGCUGGCUACUACUGGGCAAUGGAGCUCAAUGACAUGCACAUAAUUAAGAACCUGAUAUUCAGGGAGUGCAGCACAGCCCUGAGUGUCUCCCUGGUGCAGGGGGUCUAUUGUGAGUGUGUGUGUGCAUUCAUCUUUUAUCUGAUAUACCUCAGCCUGAGAUGUCGCGCUGCGUUGGUUCGGGUGCCUUUCUUUGCAGCUGUGCUCACCCUUCUCUCCCAUGCAGCCAGUGGUUAUACCUCAGCUUUCCUGAACCCCUCCCUGGCCUAUGGCCUUACCUUCUACUGUCCUGGGUUUACCUUUACGGAGUACUCAGUGGUCUACUGCCUUGGGCCCAUUAUUGGAAUGACCCUGGCCCUUCUCCUGUACAUGGGUCACAUCCCCAGGAUUUUUGCAAAGAAUCUGCUGUAUUCCCAGAAGACCCACGUACAGGUGCCAAAGGGGGACGGAGAUGAAAAGAAAAAGUGAAAGAAAGACAUCAUCC